UAGCCAUGUUGCCACUUCUCCCUGCAUCAUCUCCUGUGACAACUGCUCAAUUAUUAUUAAUUACUGUCAAAUAUAGUGAAAUUAUCUAACCUGGAAGCAGAAACGUAUUUAUUGUAUUUCUAAACAGAAAUUCCCAAUUUACUUAGUUUGCUUACUACAAAAUUGCAAAAUGCAAGCCACACGGCUCCUGUAAAUAAAAUGGCCAAUAAUGGAAGUACUUCUUCGAAAAUAGUAGAGAAGCAUUUACAUUAUGAUGAAAUAGCUUCAAAACUGCUAGAAGACAGAUUUUUAUUAACAGCUCUUGAAUUGCACACUGAACUAUUAGAGUCAGGAAGAGAAUUAAAGAAAUUGCGUGAUUUUUUUUCGAAUCCUGGUAAUUUUGAACAUCAACAAGAAACUUCAUCUUUGACAUCACGUUCUGGCAGUCAGGUAACAUUAGAUAGUUUAGAUCUGACGAGGUUUUCAGAAGAUGAUGAAAAGCAAUAUGAUGAUAAAGUAGCUGUUUUAGAAUUUGAAUUAAGAAAAGCAAAAGAAACCAUUAAUGCAUUAAGGAAUAAUUUAACUGUUGCAAUAGAAUCUGAACAAAGAAAACCAGAUAAGAAAGAUUCCAAUUUUACAAAAUCAGAAGAAAUAAAGCCACAUGAACAACGAGCAUUAAAUUUUCUAAUAAAUGAGUAUUUGUUGCAAUAUGGAUACAAGCUAACUUCUAUUACUUUUGCUGAUGAGAAUGAAAACCAGGAUUUUGAUGAUUGGGACGAUGUAGGUUUAAAUACAGCAAAACCAGCUGAACUGCUUGCAGUUUAUAGAAAGGGUUUAAGGCAGACUACUUCUAGCAUCAACUCUAUUGCAACUCAAACUGAUGAAGUUAAUUCUAAAGAAGAAUUUAACAAAAUUAUUAAUAAAUUGAGAGAAGAAGUUUCUGAAUCCAAUAACAAAAUUGAAAUAUUAAAUUAUGAAAUUCAACAACUGAAAGAAGAAAACAAUAAUUUACAAAAGAAAAAAGAUUCAUUGAAGACUGGUAGUAGUUUAGAUUGUUGUUUGGAUUUCAAAGAACAUGCAAAUUCUUCUGAAAAUUAUGCUAUAAUCGAAAAAGAAUUGACAAAUGCUAGUAGUUCGCCCGAGCAUUUUGAAAUAAUAGAAAACACCGACGAUUCCCAAUGCAGUAACAAAGAUAACUAUCCUGCAUCACUGGAUAAGGUGUCAAAUAACGGUAGUAAUGAAACUGAUUGGACAAAUAUCAGUUUAAAUAAGGAGGAUUGUGCAAAUAUUAAUUUAGAUGAACACAAGAACUUCAAAAUUGAAGGGAAUAAACAAGAAAUUGUUGACCUAGAUCUAACCGACUGUGAUAUUUUGAACAGGAAAUUACCUCAAAAGUUUAAAGAUGAACUUUUCUCGAAAUGUUAUAAAAAUAUCCCAAAAGACAUUAAAGGAAGUUUGUGUGAAAAUAUCCCAAAAGGCGAAAUUUCAAAAAAAGUAUUAAUAGAUAUAAUUUGCGAAUCUCUGUUACGAAUAAUUCCAAAUGUUAUUCUCAACAAAAGAGAAGAAAUUAUCCCAUUAUUGGUUGUGAUAGUACUAUUAAGUAACAAUAGUUCUGAAAGAGAUAAACUUCUUCAGCAACUGUUUAAUCUCAAGAAGAAACCGUCAGAAGAAGAGAGAUUAUCUAUUUUAUCUGGGAUAACAGCGAUUGCAGAACGUUCAGGGCAAAACUUGGUUCAAAAUGAAAUGUUGCCUCAAUGUUGGGAACAGUUAACCCAUAAAUAUCUGGAGAGGCGCCUACUUGUCGCAGAGUCCUGUAAUGUGUUAAUUCCAUACAUUUCUAGUCCAAUUCGAAACUCACUUGUUCUAUCAAUGAUACAACAAAUGUUAGAGGAUCGAGAAGACGGUGUAAGAGAAGUGGCAUUACAAACGCUUGCUCUGGUGAUUGCACAUUGUAAUGACCCUGAUAAAUAUUAUCAAUGUGAACAACUUACUCUAGCAACCUUGAACGACGCAAAUGUUAUCAUAUUUAAUAAAAGCAUACAGUAUCUCUUUCCUUCUUUAGCUCAGUGGGCUACAGAUUUAGGUAAAUUAGAAAGUAGUUUAAUAAAACAAAUUUUGCACAAACUUAAUAAGCACAUAAAGGAUUCCACCUCUGAAAGUGAAGACAUUACUGAUUUAUCAAUGAGACUUAUAUCAGUAUUAGAUCAUCUAUUGCCUUUCAUACUUGUAGAAAUAGUAAAUAGAUCUGAUUUAGCAGAAAAUUCUGAUAAAAACAUGACGAUGGAAAUGAGAUCAGAACUUACCAAACUGUGUACAACAUUAUCUAACCCAUUAAACUUUUAUUCCGGUGAUUUUAAUAUUGGAGUCAUCCUAAAUGAUUUUGACAAAUUAAUAGAAAAUAAUACUUCGAUUACUUGGAAACAAUUGGAAUGGUUUUUAGAUAACAUGUUGCCUGAUUUGCUCAAUAUGGUUUCUCACGUUCAAACAUCAAACCAUAAAUUGUUACAUAGUUUUAUAAGUCUUUUUUUACAUAUAAGCAUGACGUUCGGUAAACCCUUUACUUUGCGUAAAAUUCGUCCUAUUUUCGACAGUCACAUUUAUAACCUUGAAGCUAUUCUCUCUAGUCACAACCACGGUUAUGCUGGAAUAGGAAUUAUUCCAGUGUACCUGGUUUCUGUUUUAAGUUAUUGUGAUGAUACCGAAGAACUUAGUAAUGUAUUAAAAAGGUUUAUAUGCGCUCUUCCACUUUGUGGAGUGCCGUUAGAUUGUUUGGAAAUAGCAGUAAAAGGUUUAUGUCAUUUGGGAAUGCAAGACCUAGUAGCAAGUUGUCUUUGGGAAGGAAUUGUACAUCAGCGACCACUUGUAAGGGCUGCAAUGGCAGGACUAUUAACUGUUGUUGCCGGAGAAUGUGGCCACACUUUACUUUUGUCCAAAGUUGUACCCGCUGUAGUCACCUUAGCUAAUGAUUCAGAGGUGUUUGUAAAAACAGCAACAAUUCCCACUUUAGGAAGUUUGAUAGCAGAUUGUUCUGUGGCAGAGGUUCGAGAUAAAGCCUGCAUGCAACUUCACACUUUCUUGUUAGACCAAAAACUAAAGGAAAAUCAUUCUUUCAUUAGACAACUUGUUGUUACCUUAGGGUCAAUUGCAGAUAAAUGUUCACCGUCGUUCAGAGAUGACAUAAUACUUAAUCAUUUAAUGUCUUUAUCGGCAUAUACGGCACAAAUGCCAAACGUUAGCAGAAAAGUUGACAUGGUCUUGGCGCUUUUAGAUGCAUUUAGUAGUGUAGCAUGUAUGCCUCUCAACAAGCAAAUAAUUUCGACAACGCUUCUCCCAGGAUUAAGAAAUUUAGAAACUGUGAUAUUGGAAAACCAGCCGUUGUUACCUCACAAAAAUACCAUUUUAUCUCUAAUUCAAGAAACGGAAAAUCGAGGAGAUCAAAAUUUAUUUCAAUCUUACUCUGAAAAGGGUAACUUUCAUUCUCAAAAUGUGAGUCAAGGUGUUGAAGAAAUGAAGAAUAAAAUGAGUAAAGUGUUUACUAAAUCGCCGUCAACAAAUUUUCAAAAUAUAUUUAAGAAGAAGUGAAACAGUGGCGGUUUCUCUUAAUGAUAAACUUCUGGAAACUGUUAAGAAUAAUAGGAGCAAAGUGCCUUCAGAAUUUAUAAGCUUAAUGCAUUUAUAAAAAUUAUUAAUAGUUUUACGAGCAGGUUUUUCAGAUGCAACAUAAUUAUUUAUUACGUUGAAAGUAUUAUUUUCUAAAUAAUAUUUUUUAUUGAUUUUCUAACAAUGUUCCAUUUUAUUGUGUUAGUGAAUUAAUUUUUGAAUGAAUUUUACCCACUACAGAGAACUUCAAAUUAAUGAGGAAAAAAGUAAAAGGUAUCUUAUUUUCAUUUUGUUGUUAUAUUUCAAAAAUAUUCCUAUUUAUUGUGGUACAUUAAUAGUAAUACAGUAUUGUUUGUUGAAUAUUUAAAAAAGGUUUGCAUAGUAAAACAGUAGUUUGCAGGUAUUAAUAGGAUGUGACGAAUUAAAAUAUUUUUGCCAAAUAUAAAAGCACAAUAACUUAUAUCUACUAUGAUGCCCAUUAUAUGAUAAGUAAUAAUUAUUUUUUGACUACGAAUAACUUACUUUUGUGAUUUUUAAGUAGGAAUCGAAUAACGCAGCUAACGUUUGUAGUUAUACCUAUGAAAGCUUAAAAAUAUAUGAGGGAUUUAGGAAAGGAGACUAUCGAAAUAGCCUGCAAAGAGGAAGUGAGCUAUAAAAUGCAGGAAUAGCAAUAACAAUGUAUUUAAUGAAUAAGUAAAGGUCUACAAUAAUGAUGAUGUCGAUGAACAGCAGAAAUGACGAUCUGACUGCCCUGCAAAUUCUACAAACAGAAUGUAUGAGAUACUAGUGUAAACUGAUCGAAUGUCUCGUGAUAGACAUACAUUCACCAUUCAUACCACAAUUAAGCGUUUCCCCACAUAUUGCCUUAAUAUCAGUCAAUUUAGGUAGAGCAUCUCUUUGAACGUUAAAUCGUAUUUUAAUCUAUAAAGCAUCAGUUUAAAAUGUUGUUCAAUCUAUUACAGAGUGGUACAUAUCCUUCUGACUACUCCAUCUAGUAAUAUUGGUAGUCUCCUUUAUGAAACCGUUCGAAACAAAAAUCGGAGGACACAAAUGUUUAAAAAAAAUAAAGAAAUAAUAGUAGAAUCUUGCAACUCUAACAAUUUUAAGCACUAAUAAUAAAUCUGUGUCGGUAUCUUAACAAAAUAUUUCACGUUUUUUUUUUCAAUAAUUGGCAAAAAUGUGCUUGCAAAAGAAUAAUUCUGAAAGGCAUAGAAAAAAUUGACAAAGAUAAGAAAUCUAAAUUUAGUUUUUAGUCUCGGUGUACCUUUUCGUAUUUUGUUUCAGUUUCCGGCCUUUGGCAUUUUUAAUUUUUUAAAGCCGCAAGGGUUGUCAACCAACUAAAACCAUAUAAAGGAUGUGCAAAUAGCUAACGUUUAUAGUAUUAACAGUAAGGAUUGUCUUUACUGUUUGUGUGUGAAAAUGAGCUAAAAGAAAAUGUUUGACCUUAUUUGAACUUAAAUUACUACUUUAUUUAUCAAUUUUUAAAUGGUUUUCUAUAGUAUUAUUUUACCCUUUUGAAAAAUUGCAAUUGUAAACUACAGCAGAGUGAAUACAUUAUCAUCGUAAUAAUAUAAGUAAAAAUAAUUUAACUUUCUAUACGUUUUAUAAAUUAGUAAUUUUUAGAGAAAAAACUGAACAAAAACGUGCUGAUAUUACGUUAUUAGUUUUAAAAAAUGCUUAUUAAAGGUACAAACCUAAAUAGAAUGUUAAUGACAAUAAUUAUUUCUUUGUUUUUUUCAAAUACAUGGAAUGUCUUUUUUAGAAUAAGUUUUUUAAUUUUAGAUAGAAAAGCGAUUGAAAUGUUUUAAUCAAAUUAUGGCAUUAUUAAAACAUCUUGUUUACUUUUUAAAAAUGCGUCUAUAAAUUCUCUAGGUAUUUUUAUAACGUCUUAAUUAAGUGACAAAAAUUUCUAAUCACGAAGUAAAUGUACACAAGUGAUCUGUUUUUCAUAUUUACUAAAAUUUAUUAUGAUAGAUAUUUGUUAUUGUAUACUUACAAAACCUGAAGAUUUUUUUGAUAGAUAUUUUUCUUUUUAAUGUUUUUAUAUAUUUUUUAUUAUUUAUGGAUUUGUU